AGAAGGCUUUCCCACCAGGGUCAGGCUGAGCUUUCUAGGAGACCAGGACCCCUUACCAAGGAGUGAACACCACUCACAAGAAAUUCUGCACUGCUGUAAGAAGAAAAUCCACCAGAAACAUCCAGAAUGGAAAGUGUCCCAGGAGACCACAGCAAACGAGUGUAUCAAGGCGUGAGAGUGAAGCAUACAGUCAAAGAUCUCCUGGCUGAAAAACGAUCCAGGCAGACAAGUAACUCAAGACUUAAUAGCAGCGUCAGUUCCUCUCAGUCUCCAUUUGUGCAGACGCCAGGUUCACCGGUCACGUCAGGUUACUACGGUGUCAGAAGAUCUUUCUUAUCUGACUCAGACUUCCACAACAGUAAACAGUUUUCAAAUGACGUCUACACCUCCAGCGUGGGGAAGCCGUUUCCCUGUGAGUCCUCCGCAGGGCAGAGCCAUGCGGCCCUCCUGGAGCCCUACUUCCCCACGGAGCCCUAUGGAGACUACCGGCCUCCGGCGCUGACGCCCAAUGCGGGCUCUCUGUUCAGCGCCUCCACCCUGCCGCCGCUCCUGCCGCCGCCCUUCCCCGGAGACCCCACUCACUUCCUAUUUAGGGACUCAUGGGAGCAGACGUUGCCUGACGGUCUCAGCCAGCCCGACCCUGUGUCUGCCGAUGCCCUGCAGACCUUGCCACCCAGCACGAGUUGCCUCUCCCAGCUUGAGUUUGGGAGUACCGGUCAGCACAAGGGCUCCAGCUGGGGGACCUCCCUGGCUGGGGCUCAGUCCUACUCGCUGCAUGCUCUGGAAGAUCUGCACCAUACUCCGGGGUACCCCACCCCACCUCCUUACCCCUUCACCCCUUUCAUGACGGUGUCAAACGACCUACCACCCAAGGUGGGGCCGCUCUCCCCAGAUGAGGAAGCAGACACCUGUUCCCUCCAAGACCCUUCCCCUUGGGCGAAAGAAGAUGGGAGCAUCGCCUGGGGGUCAUAUGAAUGCCGCAGAGCUUAUUGAGGGGGAGGGCCAAAGGACUUCUGGGUUUUUCUUUAACUUGAAGUAUAUUCUGAAGAUCGUUUUAGGUGUGUCAGCUCAUUCAGGACUGGAUCUUCAGAAUAAGCCACAAUGCCGCCCUUUGUUAGUGGACGAGGGCAUUUAUUUGUAAUCCUCUCCACCGUAGCCCCACUGAAAUAAAACAGAACGUUAAUUAAAUGUAUCACAGACUGUAUUCUAGUAAGAUAACCUUACAAUGUGGUCUUUUUGGAACUGUUGUAACCCAUUACAUUCUGAAUCUUCUGUUAUAUUUGAAGUAUCAUUUUUGGCACUGAUUUUUUUUUCCUAAAUUACAUUAAAAAGUUUAUGCAGAUCA